AUGGAUAGUGAUGGAUGUAGAUUUUAUGCCAUUUGUAGUCGGAGAUGUACAGUUGAACGAUACACUGCACACUGUAACAAUACGACGCCUCUAACGACUACUUCCACUGAAUGGUCUACCACAACAACAUCUGUUCCUCUAUCUACCACUUCUGGAAACGUUCAUGUUAAUGUUUGUGUUUCUGCUUCCUACCCUCCCCUACAGCGUGGACAAAGAUACAAAUUGUCCAACUGUACAGAACUCCUCUGCAAGGGAGACAACAAGGUAGAAGUUAUUCCAACGCAUUGCCUACCUGUAAAGGAAAUUACCUGUGCGAACAAAUAUCCAGCAAUACUGGUACCUGAUGAAAAUGGCUGCUGUUACCACUAUGAGUGUCAAUGUGUGUGUAGUGGAUGGGGUGAUCCUCAUUAUAUCACUUUUGACGGAACCUACUAUACUUUCCUUGAAAACUGCACUUACGUCCUGGUGAAACAGAUUGUACCUAAAUACGACAACUUCCGUGUUUACAUUGAUAAUUAUUACUGCGAUGCAGAAGACGGACUUUCCUGCCCAAAAUCCAUUAUUAUUUUCUACAAAUCUGCAGAAGUAGUGCUGACCCGUCAACUCGUGAAUGGUGUGAUGACCAAUGUGAUGUACUUCAACAAAAAGAUUGUCAAGCCAGGCUUCAAAAAAGAUGGCAUUUCUUUCUCCACACUUGGCAUCAACAUGAUUGUUGAAAUACCAGGGAUUGGUGCAACCAUCACCUUUAGUGGGCUGAUUUUCUCCGUGAAACUCCCGUACAGCAAAUUCGGCAACAACACAGAAGGACAGUGUGGAACAUGCACAAAUAAUAAAUCAGAUGAAUGUCGCUUACCGAGUGGCAAAAUCAUUUCCUCCUGUCCCCAAAUGGCUCAUCACUGGAUCGUUGAUAACAACAAGUCAUGCCAUGGAGUACCAAUACCACCAGUUGUAACUACACCUCCACCAAAGCCUCACUGUGAAACACCUCAUCUCUGCAAGCUUUUCUGGAGCAAGAUUUUUGCAGAAUGCCAUGCUGUGAUACCACCAGAACCAUUUUUCAAAGGCUGUGUUUUUGAUGGAUGUCGCAUAGCUGAUGAAUCCAUGCAGUGUUCCAGUUUGGAGAUAUAUGCUACAGAGUGUGCUGCUAGAGGUGUCUGCAUUGACUGGAGAGGAAAGACGAACAAUACGUGCCCAUACAACUGUCCAGCAAGCAUGGUAUACAGACCAUGCGGGCCUAUUAAUCCUGCUACCUGUGACCCAAGCCUUGUCGAGCUUCCUGGCUAUGCAGUAACUGAAGGCUGUUUCUGUCCCGAAGGAAAGACAUUCCUGAGUAAAGACAGCAGCAUCUGUGUCUCUGAAUGCUAUUGUAGUGAACCAAAUGGAGUAUCCAGACAGCCUGGAGCUGUCAUUCCAUUAGGCCCCUGUGAAGAAUGCACCUGCUCUGAAUCCUCUUACUCAAGCCCUCACCACGCUACUGUCAAGUGCAAGCCUGUUAUCUGUGACACAUACUGCCCAGCUGGUUAUAAAUAUACAAAGACACCUGGACAGUGCUGUGGGACGUGCAAGGCAGCGGCUUGUAUAGUGACUGUGGGAGACAACAUUACACACGUGCUUCAAGUUGAAGAAAUCUGGAACCCACCUGGUGAUAACUGUACCACUUACAGAUGUGAAAAACAUGAUGACCAGUUCAUUCCAGUUAUCUCACUGAAAAGCUGUCCUCCCUUUAACCAUGAGUGUGAUCCAGAUGACAUCAAGCUAUCUGACGAUGGCUGCUGUAAAGAGUGCCUUGAAAAACCAAGGAAUUGUACGAAGCACAAUACUAUGACUGUCAUCAAAUAUCAUGAAUGUGUAUCUGCUGCACCUGUUGAGAUGACAUACUGUGAAGGCAGCUGUGACGCUUACUCACGGUAUGAAAUUGUUCAGGUCAUUAUUUGUCAUCUCUCAAAAGUCUUUGCCAACACCUCCGCUGGUAUGGUACUGCUGGGCCAUGCAUGGAGAAGAAUUAAAAACUUAUGGAAUCAUGAUAGAGAGAAGCAGAACUCAUCUGAAAGACAGCUCAUGCAGUUCAUACAGUAA